AUUCAUAUCUCCCAAGGAGUACCUGAAGUAAGGCUCAGUCCAAGAGUUUUGGUCUUUUCUCUCUAAGUAAUUCCCGAAGCAAUCAACAUUGAAGUCUUUCCCCUGAGGGAAUUUCUGAAGCAAUUGAUUAAUGAAGUCAUGGAUAUUUGAGGGGAAGCACCAUUUGGAAAUGAACAAACAUGAACACACUCCAUUUUCGAUAAUCCAAAGGUGUUCUAUAUAUCAUGCAAGAGUGACCGAUGUCUUAUGGGAGAAGUGUGAAGAUGCAAUGGGAAUCGAGUAUUUGGACGAUGUUAUGUGGUUUCUGGAGAAAAGUGAAGAUGCCAGUGCCAGACAAAUGCAGUGUUCAUUGUUUGUUCUUGUUCAACCCAUGAUAAGUUUGACCUUCUUCUUUAGAGCUUCAUACAUUCUUCAUAUUACCAUGCUGCCUCUCUGUUCUCUUUCUUUCCUUCUUUUUUUCUUCUUUGAAGCUGGCAUGCGGUAAGGCUGCAUUUUGAAACCUUUAUAUGAUUCUUUCUGAAUUUUGGUGAAUUUUUGCUUACAAAUGUUGUUUUCCUUUUCAUUCGAGUUGUCUACUGUGAGCUUCAUAAAUUACAAAUGUUGGAUUUGCCUGUGAAAUUGUAUCAGCUCUGUUUUGCGACUGAUCUGAUAAGUUAGUAGCUAAACCACUGCCAGAAUCUUCCUACUCCACAGUUUGGACUCCUCAAACCAUAGUUCUAGUUGGCUUCAUCAUCUUGAGCUAGCAAGACUUGAUUGUCCUUUGAAUACAUGUUUUUCCAGCUUGUUCAACACCCACUUCAGAACAUUCUUGUCUUGGUUUCUCAGUUGAAGAACAAAGGGAAAAGGUAAAAGAAGAAAGUUUUCCUGUGAAUUAGGUAGCACUCUUGUCAAAAUUCCAGUGGGAAUUGAAUAUUUAGAAAAGCAACACCAAUGACAAUCUAAUUUUGACUUUAGAACUUUAAGGAACUGUUUGGGUUGCUGUGUUAGGGUGUUGCUACUUUAGUUUGGGUUAAUGAUAGCCUUUGUUUCGAGUGCAUAUUAUUUUAGUGUGGAUUACAAAUAAGGAGAUAAAAUGGUUACAAAAUAGUAAACGCCGUGAACAAUGAGGAUUUUUAAUAGUUUCACUGUAUUUGGGAACUUCGACUAUUAUAAUUAUGAGAGUCCCAAAUAUUGAGUGAGCUAUAAUAGUCUAUGUUAUCUGAGGCAAGUUGGGGGCUAAGAAAAUAACACCAAAAUACUAUCUUUAUUACAAUUUUAGCUCAUUCCGGUUUCGGAUAAGUAAACGGAAGGCCUAAAAAAAUUGAGAGGAUGGAUAUCAUUAGGUAAUCUUACCGUUUACAUUGCACAAAUCUAGCACUGGGCAGUUUUGCUAGGGUUUCACAAUGAACCAAUUCAUUGUGAAGGCAGAAAAUUGUGGAGAAUAACAGUGGGGUGGUUGGGUUGAAGGCAACGGGUCCCAUUAAAGCCACAACUCACGUGGAGUUAUGUUAAUGGCAAUGCACAAAUUAGGGAUGGUUGAACCAAACCACCUUGAUUUGUUCAUUUAAACAAUAAUGCUAACAGUUCAUCUUCCUUAUGAUAGACUUCCUUUGGUCCUUUUACUUUUUUGACUCUUACUUCGUUUGGUGAAAUGUUAUAUCAUAACCAACUACAUUUCUAUUCAUGGACUAUAGUUUAAAAAGUUCAUCAACAUGUCUAAUUUGUGAGAGUUCAAUUGUCAGAAUUUGGUUCAUUUAGAAUUUUCAUUCAAAUUUUUCAUUUGUAUCUAUAUCUUCCUAAAAAAUAAAAUAUUAAAUCAUAAAUUUUGAUCCCUAUAAUUUAAAGAAAGUUAGAACUUAGUCUCUAAAAUUAGUCUCUAUGUAUGAGGAUGUUUAUCAAAGUAUAGAGACUAUUUAUAAGGUUUUAUCAAAUCGUAAAAUCAUACACUUUUUGCAAAUCAUAGAGACUAAAUUUCUAAUUAGGUAAUCUAAUUGCAAAUUUGGUCCCUAUGAUUUAAUAAAACACUCCUAAAUAGUCCCUAUGUAUGAGGAUUUUAUCAAACUAUAGAAAUUAUAUAUGUGGUUUUAUUAAACAAUAACAAUUAUAUUCCAACUUUUUUCAAAUAAUAGGGACUAAAUUUAUAAUUAGUCGAGAGAAAAAAUACAUUAAAUCAGGAUUAGUCAACAAGUUUUUCUUGUUGGGAUGGUGACAAUAUCUCAAACGAGAUUUGACGAAUAAUUUUCAGAAGUCUCUGAUCUUUGAAUUUAAAAUAGAAAGAAAUUGGCAUGUCAUUUUAAUUCCUCCAAUUUCACAGCUAAUUCUUCAUUGACAUGUAGGUUUAGUAAACAUGAAGCAUUCAUUAUGCCUCAUGCCACCUCCAAAGGAUAAUUAUAUCAAUUUGAAAUUAUGGUGUUAAAACUCAUUGCAUCUUUUCAAUCACUUUCUCUAGUCAUUAUAAUCCCAAUGACUUUCUACCACAACAACCACAACAUUAAUCCCAAAGAAAUGGCAGCAAAACUAUCAUUGUCUAGACAAACAAAACCAAGCCAGCUUCACAUGCAUUUCUUCAUUUGCACACAACCUAUCAUUGACUCAUGUCAAGAAAUUUGGUCCUAAAUACAUGUAAAGUAAUCGACAUGUUUGCCUAAGUAAACCAUUUACUUUUUUUUUUUUUUUUUUUUUUUUGGGUCUUCCAACAGCCUAAGAGAGGUAAUGGUUUCUUGAAGAUAUGGCAAGCUAAAUCUAGAAUCUAGAUGUAACUAUAAUUAAAUGGUUUUAAUUAGAACGUAAAGAAAUGACGAGGUUGAUAAUAUUUGAACGUGUCAAGGGGGUGUUUGGGUUCUCCACUCCAUAUUUAAGACUCCAAUUAUAAGAGUUGGUAUUUCCAACAAUUAUAAUCUAUCAUUAACUAAAGUAUUUCAAAUUUCUCUUUGUUGCGGUGUUUAUUAUCUCCUAUUCAAAUUAAAAUAGUUUGCAUUUUAAUACACAUAAUAUUAUAACUCAAACUACAAUAAUCUGUACCCUAGAUACAGACUAUUAUAACCUAACGGCCAAACACCCUCAAGAGGUUUAAAGAAUUAGAGAAAACUAAAAAUUUCUUCAUAUGAAACUAAAUUUCCCAAAUUACCAUUAUUGUCAUGGUGAAAAGUACUUGCCAUAAGUAUUAGGUAAAAAGUAUGACUUAAGUUAUCCCCCACACUACCAAAAUUAUUUGCAUUAACACCAAACUUCACUGACUCUCCUAACAACAACUCCACUUUCUUCCCCAUUAUAUAUAUGCAAAGCCUUCAAUCCUCUUGUUUGCAUCCUGAAAUUUCUCUCUAGCAAACUCUAUUCUAACGCAUAUCACUUGUUAAAUUUUAUUACCUUCAAAAUGGCGAGCUUCCAUGCCGGACUUGUUUGCCUCCUGGUACUUGGGUUCUGCAUGGUGCAGCCGAACUUGGCUACUGUUUAUACAGUCGGAGACACUGCUGGUUGGUCUCUCGGGGUUGAUUAUGGCACAUGGACUUCAGGGAAGACCUUCGGCAUCGGCGACAAACUUGCGUUCAACUAUGCAGGAGGCCACACAGUAGACGAAGUUGGUGCCAACGACUACAAAGCAUGUGCCACCGGAAACUCCAUAACUUCCGACAGUUCAGGCUCCACCACCAUCACCUUAAAAACCCCUGGAACUCACUACUUCAUUUGCAGUUCCAUGGGGCAUUGUGAUGGCGGCAUGAAGCUCUCUGUCACAGUCGCCGCUGGUGGACCCUCCACUACUCCAUCUUCAGGGGGCGGCAGCUCCACCACCCCAACGUCGCCGGCAACUGACACCCCUUCGGCUACCGGAACAACACCGGCGACAACCACGCCGACAACGAAACUUCCAGCCGGUUCGUCGAAUUCAGGGUCGUCCAUUUUCCCCAAUUUCUACAUGGCCGUUUUGGCGAUUUUGGUAGGUUCAUUGGCGUUAGCUGUGGGUUAUUAUUGAGAAGUUGAGUUCUUUUAUAUAUAUAUAUAUACUGAGAUUUGAGAUGUUUUAUGUGUUUAGUCCGGCGUUGGUUUGAAUAUGGCCGGGAUAGAGGCAGUGCUUUCUCGUUUUCUCAUUUGUUUGGUAUAAGGUCGUCUAUUGUUCACAUUAUUGUUAGAAAUUUUAAUUUAAUUUUUCCUUUUAAAAA